AAAAUAAGCAGUCAUUCCAGAAAAGUGCUAAUUGAUGAGCAGUUAGACUCACUUGAGAAAAUAUGUUGUGCAAACACUUGUUUUUAUUUUUAGCAACAGAGUUUGUGAUGUUUUUCAGAUUCAGACACAUCCACAAGUAUGAGAAAAAAAUGGCCAAUGCAUCCACAACCACUCCACAAUCAAUUGAUCUAGAUGUUAAUCAGUUAUCAACUGAUUUACACGAAGCAGUUGAACAAGUCAAAGAAAUACAAGUACUUGUCACAUCUUUUAUUGAUAGCAUUGUGGUUCGAAAAAAUGAUGAAGUAGAAAAAGAAACAGAAGUAAUCAAGUCAACCAUCAAACAAGUUCAUGGAAUAAGAGUAAAACUCGAUAAACUUGGCACGAAGUAUGCUAAAAUUCGGCUGAACCACAUUCAUGCUGUUCCACUUGGUAAUACUGGUUAUGUUAGCCUUGAUCCUACUGAAGAACAAAGUGGAUUUUACAAAGAUCUGUUAGAUUGUUACACAUGGUUAAAGAAUUUAGAUUCUGAUGCAACACAUGCAUUGGAUAUUUUAAAGAGAAUUCAUGCAUGUGAAGGAGAUGCUGAGAUAAAGCAUGUAAGAGUAGAAACAAAUCUAACUGACUUGAUUGAUAUCAUGAAAGUUGAAUUUCCAAGUUUAGCGUUCAAUACUAACCAUGUUGCAUCUGAAAGAUGUUUAGAAGUGAAGUUAGCAGGCAUAUGCAGUGUUUACUUAUUUUUUUCUGGAUUAACAGUUGGUCAGUGUUUAGUAAAAAGCAUUCAUGAAAGUUUUUCUUGUUAUCCUUGGCAAGAGUCAAACCAUUUUGUUUUUAAGAAACUUUCUAAUGUAUUUGUUUCUGUUAUUUUAAAAUUAUCUUUGGAAGAACCUGUAGUAAUAUUAAGAAAAUUUCUUACUUAUAUCAGCAAAUAUGUUAAUCUUUUUACUAUGACGUGUGAAUGUUGUAAAAAACAUUUGUCAUUAGAUUCUAGUGCAGUUCAGUUAUUGCCACCAAUAUGGAAGGAAUUCGAUAAAGAUGUUUUUUAUCAUUUGUCAUGUAAAUAAAACAAUGUUUUUCCUUGUA